AUGGCUCUCACAACCGAAACGAAGCGUGUAGUCGGCCUAUACGAGUACACGGACAAAGAUGUUAAUCAGGGAGUGACCGAGUUCCUCCGUCAGAUGCAUGAGGGCUUGGAGCAGGACGGCACGAGCCUGAGCCAGAUUCCCACCUACGUUACUGGCGUGCCCAAUGGCACUGAAAAGGGUCUAUACCUGGCGGUCGACCUGGGUGGUACUAACUUCCGCGUCUGCUCAAUUCACCUAAACGGCGAUUCCACCUUCAAUCUCACAUACAACAAGGUAGCCAUUCCGAAAGAGCUCAUGGUUGCUAAAACCGCACAAGAGUUGUUCGCGUUCCUCGCGAAGCAGAUUGAGGUCUUCUUGAGGACUCACCACGAGGACCGGUUCGAACACCGUGUCAGACGGCGGCCGACAUUCAGCACCGCUGAAGGCUGGAGAGAUGAGCAUAUUUUCCGCCUGGGCUUCACAUUCAGCUUCCCCGUUCGGCAGCUAGGCAUCAACAAGGGCACUCUGAUCAGGUGGACUAAAGGAUUCGAUAUUCCGGAUGCUGUUGGAAAGGAUGUCUGCGCUCUUCUUCAACAGGAAAUCGACAAGCUUAACUUGCCUGUCAAGGUCGCGGCGCUUGUCAACGACACAGUCGGGACCCUAAUGGCUCGUGCUUAUACCUCCCCAGGCAAGACCGGAUCCCUCCUCGGUGCCAUCUUCGGAACCGGCACCAACGGUGCCUAUGUGGAGAAGUUGGAAAAUGUCAAGAAGCCGAUCACAGGAGAGUUUGACAAGUCUACUGGAGAUAUGGUCAUCAACACCGAGUGGGGCUCAUUCGACAACCAGCUUAGUGUCCUACCCAACACCACGUGGGAUAUCACGCUCGACAAAGACAGUGUCAACCCCGGAAUCCAAAUGUUCGAGAAGCGUGUAUCCGGCAUGUUCUUGGGCGAAAUCCUGCGCCUGACCGUCCUUGAUCUAUUGAAGCAGGACAAGAUUCAACUGUUCAAGGAUGUCAACUCCAGCAGCAAUGACUGGAGGUCAACGACCACUAUUGCCGAUGAGUCGGGCAUGUUCAAGCAGUGGGGUGUCGACAGCUCGAUCAUGUCAAUUGCAGCUGCUGACAACACACCGGAUCUUGGUACACUCCGGCAAGCGCUAGAGGAUCAGCUCCAGGUAUAUUCACCCUCUCUGGAGGAUGCUCAGGCUUUCAAAUCGAUUGCCGGUGCUAUUGGCCGCCGGGCUGCACGGCUCUCAGCUGUCGCCAUCGCCGCUAUUGUUCUGCAAAGCGGACAACUAACGGACCCAGCCACACAGGAUGAGCCCAUCGAUAUCGGCGUUGACGGCAGCUUGGUCGAGCACUAUCCAUUCUUCCGAGACAUGAUCUACGAGGCACUGAAGACCGUCGAGGGGAUCGGCGAGUCUGGCGCCAACCGUAUCAGGAUCGGUAUCGCGAAGGAUGGAUCUGGUGUUGGUGCAGCCCUGAUUGCUCUAGUGGCAACGGGCAUGGAGAAGCACAAGAGCCCCAUUGAUGUUCUUGAAGAGGUAAGGCCCCACCUCCAGGCAAUCCCCGAGGCCUGUCAGGUCGUGACCGUUAUCUAA